GAACAAGGAGGAAUCCGAGCCCUGUCCCAGCGUGGAGAAGGAAGCUGCUGCUGCGGCGUGAAGCGUCCGCGUCUCUCGCGCACAGAGGAAGACAAGGAGUCGGGACACUAGAGCCGCGGAAUUACGAGUGACACGGGGUGUCUCCACUUCGACCCAGCGGAGUUUCUCUACAUGGGGACGAAAUAUGACAUCUACAGCCAGCGAAAGGAGGGCGUUUGCUCAUAAAAUCAACCGGACGGUCGCCGCCGAGGUCCGAAAACAAGUGUCCAGAGAUUAUGGCUCUCCUCAGCUGUCCAAGAAACGAGGCGGCGCCCACCACCCCCUGCCCCUCACAGAGGUGGUGGAGCCCGUGGACUUUGAGGAGUAUGUGAGCAGCCACGCUCCUGCGGUGGAGCCUGGGCCCCUCAGGCAGCUGGUGGAGUUCCCCCAGGAUGACCUAGAGCUCCUCCACCAGGACAAAGAGUGCACUACGUUGGAGCCUCCGCUGCCUGAGGAGGAGGACUCCCUUGAUCCCAGAGUGAGAGAUGCCUUGGCAGUCUACACAGACGACUGGCUCGUCAUUCAGAGAAAGUAUCAGCACUACAGCACCAUGUACACCCCUCACAGCUCUGAGCGACAGAGGGAGAGGCAGCGAGGGCUGGUCAAACAGACCUUUGAACUGGACGAGGUCGCUGCUACUGAGCGCCAGGAUGACCAGGAUGACGCAAAGCGUCGGUCGGUCAGCCUCGACGAGACCCCCCGGGGCAGCUGGGCUUCCAGCAUCUUUGACCUGAAGAACUCUUCCCCAGACGCCCUCCUGCCGUCUGUGCUGGAACGCACAGCCGCCGAGGACAUGGACUGCCGCAAUACCGAGGCUCGCUUGCAGGGGCGCCACGGCGACCUGCUGGGCCUGUACCCUCCCCCCGACGAGGAUGAAGCAGUGGAGAGAUGCUCUGUUCCUGAAGUGCCCAAAGAACACUGUGGCCAGAGAAUCAUGGUCAAGUGUCUUUCUCUGAAGUUUGAAAUAGAAAUUGAGCCAAUAUUUGGAACACUUGCCCUCUAUGAUGUCAAGGAAAAGAAAAAGAUCUCGGAGAAUUUCUACUUCGACCUGAACUCGGAUCAGAUGAAAGGGCUGCUCAAACCCCACACACCUCACGUAGCCAUAUCCACGCUGGCCCGGUCGGCCAUUUUCUCCAUCACUUAUCCUUCCGCUGACAUCUUCUUAGUCAUUAAGCUCGAGAAAGUCCUCCAGCAAGGAGACAUCGGAGAGUGCUGUGAACCCUACAUGGUCAUGAAAGAAUCGGAUUCAACCAAGCACAAGGAGAAGCUGGAUAAGCUGCGGCAGCAGGCGGAGCAGUCCUGCUGUCGGCUCGGCCGCUUCCGAAUGCCGUUCGCUUGGACCGCCAUUCACCUCAUCAACAUUGUCAGCAGCGUCGGGGGUCUGGACCGCUCAGACCCCGACUCUGAUUCUGAGCGUAAAAGUCAUGGCACGUGGAACGAGAGAAAGAAGAAAGGCUUUGAGCGAAUGAGCAUCGGUGACGACAUGUGUAACUUUGCCACGUUCCGACCAGCGACGCUUACCGUCACCAACUUCUUCAAACAGGAGGGGGACAGACUGAGUGACGAGGACCUCUACAAGUUUCUGGCCGACAUGCGACGACCGUCAUCUGUUCUGCGAAGACUCAGACCUGUAACAGCCCAGUUGAAGAUCGACAUCUCUCCAGCUCCAGAAUUACCUCAUUACUGUCUGUCACCGGAGCUGCUUCAUAUUAAACCCUACCCUGAUCUGCGUGUUCGUCCAACCAAAGACGUGCAGGAGUUCCCCGCUCGCUAUGUCUACACUCCACACACCGCCUACAGGAAUCUGCUGUACGUUUACCCACAGUCCCUGAACUUCAGCAGCCGCCAGGGCUCGGUGAGAAACAUCGCUGUGAAAGUUCAGUACAUGGCGGGAGAGGACCCCAGUCAGGCUCUGCCGGUCAUCUUUGGGAAGUCGAGCUGUGCCGAGUUCAUGAAAGACGCGUACACCCCCGUCAUCUACCACAACAAAUCUCCCGAGUUCUACGAGGAGAUGAAGAUGAAGGUCCCUGCCAAUCUGACAGACAACCACCAUUUGCUGUUCACCUUCUACCACAUCAGCUGCCAGCCCAAACAGAACACUCCUCUGGAGACAGCUGUGGGCUACACUUGGAUCCCUCUGAUGCAGCAUGGCCGACUACGCACCGGCUCCUUCAGUCUGCCCGUCUCGGUGGAAAAGCCUCCGCCCAGCUACUCCGUGCUCACCCCAGACGUUCAGCUCCCAGGCAUGAAGUGGGUGGAUAAUCACAAAGGAGUAUUCAAUGUCGAGGUGAAAGCGGCCUCCUCUGUUCACACUCAGGACCCACACCUGGAUAAGUUCUUCACCCUAGUCUAUGUCCUGGAGGAGUACUCCUUCCCCUUCCGCCUGAAGGACGUCAUCAUCACUGAGUCAAACAUGGAGACGGAGCUGAAGAACACCAUGGCCGCCCUGAGAGGGGCCCUGCUGGACACCUGUGUCAGGUUCUUGCACCAGCUGCUCAACAAGCUCAUUCAGCUCAUCGUCUACCCGCCGGUCAUCGCAGGUCAAAUCGUAAACUUGGGCCGCGCCGCCUUCGAAGCUAUGGCUUUACUCGUCAACCAGAUGCACAAGAACCUGGAGGGGAACCAGGAUCAGCACGGCCGCAACAACCUGCUGGCAUCCUACAUCCACUACUGCUUCCGCCUGCCCACUGCUGAACCUAUGAUGCCCCCAACAGCGGGCACCCAUACGUACGAUAUGCCAAUGCAGUACGCCACGUUGUCGAGAGCGACAGCUCGUCCGAGCAGUCUGCAGUUGUCCCGCUCCAAGAGCAUCAGCAACUCCAACCCGGACCUGGCCAGCACUCCAGUUUCUCCUGAUGAAGAGGUGCAAAGGAUCAUCGGAAGCAAGGGUAUUGAUCGCUCCCACUCCUGGGUAAACUCUGCUUAUGCCCCUGGGGGCUCCAGAUCUGUGCUACGUCGGAACCCCAACUCCAGCUGUGAGCUCAAGCAGGCAAACGACCACAGCUGCAAUCGCAUGUCUGCCUUUCUGGACAGCGUGGCCUUGUUGUCAGUUCCUACAAGGCAGAUUAUCAAGAAGGUAAAACUGGCAUCUACUUUAAAACAGUAAAAACUGGCAUUUACCAUGAUUAACUAACACGUUUCAGCUUCCUGACAUUAUCAUUCAUCAGUAAUAACAACUUUUAUAACAUUUUAACAGUCGCUUCUCGAUGAACUAACAUUAGAUAAUCUGGAUAAUAUAUUAUAUGUGUAUACAGUAUAUCAGUAAUUAUCAACAAAUUGUACAAUAAUCUUUAUUAGCCACUGUCACAGUUCACAUCUCAUUCCCUGCAACAGCAAACACACAUUUUUUAUAUCUUAUUUAAUCACAGUUUCUGAAAUUGUUACAUGAGCUGUAUCUUGGUUGAUUC